AUGCCACCGGAGCGCAAUCCUUUGGUUAUAGUUGGCACAACUGCCUUUUCUAACGAAUCGUUCUCUAAGCUGAUUGGGAAAAUAGUGGAAAAGUUCGAAGUUACCUAUCUUCCCGAUGCUUCUACUUGUAUUUCACGUGUUCGAGAAGCAAAAGAUCACACAAAGGCCGGUCUGAGUGAUCCGAUUUCCGGAUGCAAGUGGUUUUUGUUUUCCGAUUUCACGAAUUUCUCCGAUAUUCACGAACUUGUCACCCUACGUCCGGAUGUCCGUAUCAUGGGCUAUCCGGCGUUUGUGGAUUGUAUGCUCGUUCAGCGCAAAUGGACCAAACCGCGACCGGUGUUCAAUUUCUCCAUGCAGGGUGCUGUCGUGUGCAUCACCGGAUUUCGAGAUCGUCAAACUGUGAAUCGCUUGGCCACUAUGAUCAAUUGGAUGGGUGGCAGUGUGCGACGUUGCAUGAAUGUGAACACGACUACGCAUCUAGUUGCCUAUCGUUGCGCUGGGGAAAAGGUUCGCGAGGCCGCCAUUACAGCUCGACGAAUCGCCACAGUGAAGACGUCAUGGGUGGAAUCUGCCUGGGAGAGGCGUUGUGACGAGACCCGUUUGAACGCCACGGAUCCCAGUUUUGUGGUAAGUCACCUUAACGAAAGGAAUCAUUGGUGUGAACCGAUACCUGUCCACGCAUUUUUUUCUUAA